CUCACCUCCAUUCUCUUCCUCUUCACUUCACUUACGUUCUACACAUUAGGGUUAAGUUUUCGUUUUAAUUUUACUUCAAUAUAUUUUCUGAACCAAUCCAAAAGAAAACUUACCUAACCUGAUAUUAUUUAUUUAUCAACGACUUUGAAGUUUUAAACGUGCAGUGGAGUGUUGUUUUUGUAAAAAAGCUUGUUAAGGAUUGUAACAGUGGAGGAAGAGGAUAUGACCACUCAGAAAUCUUGAAACCAGAAUUUCAGAAGGUUCCACUAUGAAUUUCAUUCGUCAACAUGUGUUAACAGUAGUGAAAAAUAUAAUUUUGAGCCCUAAACCCUCCGUAGGACCAGUUUGUAAUGCAUUGACCACUCUUCCUCCUGUGUCACCAUUACAAAUGUGGUGCCGCAACAUGGCCUCGUUGCUAGGUAUGCACAAGUCAGGCCCACACUUCAAGAAGAGGCCGAACAGAAACCCGCUCGGCUUUAACAAGCCCUUUGCCAAAGGUGUCGUUUUAAAAACGUUGGUCAAGAAGCCCAAGAAACCGAAUUCGGCUAAUCGAAAGUGCGUCUUGGUGCGGCUCUCUACUGGAAAGGAAAUGGUCGCUUAUGUUCCCGGUAUAGGACACAAUCUGCAAGAACACAAUGUUGUGCUAGUGAGAGUAGGGCGUCUAAAGGACGUACCGGGGGUGAAGAUUAAGUGCGUCAGGGGUAAAUUUGAUCUUGGACAUGUAAUCAAACAGUCGCCAACAAAGUAAAUGUAUGUAUAUAUAUUGUUAGAAUUGAAUAAAUUGCAUUUAGAUUUA